GGGAGAUGGAAGGGGGAGCGGGAGACGGAGAAUCCUGCCCAGUUACCCGAGUCAGCCAGUGUGAACUGCAGCUUCUUGGCUGAAGCGCUCCUGUCCACCGAGAGCGGCAGACUCCGAUUCCUACUCUAGCGAUGGCCUUCGCAAAUCUGCGCAAAGUGCUCAUUAGUGACAGCCUGGACCCCUGCUGCCGAAAGAUCCUGCAAGAUGGAGGGCUGCAGGUGGUGGAGAAGCAGAACCUGAGCAAAGAGGAGCUGAUAGCCGAGCUGCAGGACUGUGAGGGCCUUAUUGUCCGCUCGGCCACCAAGGUCACCGCUGAUGUCAUCAAUGCAGCAGAGAAGCUCCUGGUGGUGGGAAGAGCUGGCACAGGUGUCGAUAACGUGGAUCUUGAGGCUGCAACAAGGAAAGGCAUCCUGGUCAUGAACACCCCCAAUGGGAACAGCCUCAGUGCUGCAGAGCUCACCUGUGGGAUGAUCAUGUGUCUAGCCAGGCAGAUUCCCCAAGCGACAGCUUCAAUGAAGGCUGGCAAAUGGGAGCGGAAGAAGUUCAUGGGAACAGAACUGAAUGGAAAGACGCUGGGGAUUCUUGGCCUGGGCAGAAUUGGAAGAGAGGUGGCCAUCCGGAUGCAGUCCUUUGGGAUGAAGACUAUAGGGUAUGACCCCAUCAUUUCUUCAGAAGUAUCAGCUUCUUUUGGGGUCCAGCAGCUGCCCCUGGAUGAGAUCUGGCCUCUCUGUGAUUUCAUUACUGUACACACGCCUCUCCUGCCCUCCACCACAGGUUUGCUGAAUGAAAGCACUUUCGCCCAGUGCAAGAAAGGUGUGCGUGUGGUCAACUGUGCCCGAGGAGGGAUUGUGGACGAAGGUGCCCUGCUACGUGCCCUGCAGUCGGGUCAGUGUGCUGGAGCCGCACUGGAUGUGUUCACAGAGGAGCCACCCCGAGAUCAAGCCUUGGUGGACCAUGAGAAUGUCAUCAGCUGUCCCCAUCUGGGUGCCAGCACCAAGGAAGCCCAGAGCCGCUGUGGGGAGGAAAUAGCCAUCCAGUUCGUGGACAUGGUGAAGGGGAAGUCCUUAGCAGGGGUUGUAAAUGCACAGGCCCUUACCAGUGCCUUCUCUCCUCACACCAAGCCUUGGAUUAGUCUGGCAGAAGCUCUGGGGACACUGAUGCAGGCCUGGGCUGGCUCCCCCAAAGGGACCAUCCAGGUGGUGACACAGGGAAUAUCUUUGAAGAAUGCUGGGAACUGCCUCAGUCCUGCAGUCAUUGUCGGCCUCCUAAAGAAAGCUUCCCAGGAGACGGAUGUGAACUUGGUGAACGCCAAGCUGCUGGUGAAAGAGGCUGGCCUCAGUGUGACCACUUCCCACACCCCUGCUGCCCCGGGGGAGCAGGACCAUGAGGAAUGCCUUCUGACCGUGGCCCUGGCAGGUGCCCCCUACCAGGCUGUGGGCUCAGUCCAGGGCACCACACCUGUGCUGCAGGCACUCAGUGGAGCAGUCUUCCGGCCAGAAGUGCCUCUCCGCCGGGGCCUGCCUAUGCUGCUGUUCCAAACUCGGCACUCCACUCCUGCAGUGCUGCCUACCAUGAUUGGUCUCCUGGCUGAGGCAGGUGUGCAGCUGCUAUCCUACCAGACUUCCGUGGUGUCAGAUGGGGAGACCUGGCAUGUCAUGGGCAUCUCCUCCCUACUGCCCAGCCUGGAAGUAUGGAAGAAGCAGGUGUCUGAGGUCUUCCAGUUCUACUUCUAACCUUGGAGUUCACCAGUCCCAGCUUUGGGGGCUUCUCUGAAGAAACUUAACCACUGUAAAUAGUAAGGAGAGGCGAUCAACAUUGCUGGGGCUGAAUAGAGUCUGGUGCUGCUCUGCUGCAAUCCUCUGGCCCUGCAGUAAGGCAGUAACCAUCGAAUAAAGAGCCUGCUCCCA